GGGCCCAAAUUUCAUGAUGCGAGACUUGCAGACAUAGAACUCGGAGAGUGAAGACUCAGAGCACGUGCCACCGUCAGAUGAAGAAUCUGAUUCAGAAGAUGACGAAUCGGAUGACGGAGAAGAACAAGGCGCAUCAAGUAAGCCCUAUCUGGCUCUGAUGCAAAGUUUCGCCAAAGACAAAGCUCCCCAGUCAAAACGCAGGAAGCUCGACCAGUCUUCCAAGCCUGAGAUCCUGCAUCGUCAAGAUUCCGAAGAUGGCGAGGAUGAGGAAGUUGUCGAGGAUGAGGACGACGUCGAGGAGCCCGAAGAGGAUCCGGCAGAGGAAGUGGCCGAUCUGGACGACGAUUCAGAUGACGAACUUCCUGAUGACUCGGACCCCUUUGAGUCGCAUUUUGCUAGUCCUGACGACGCGGAGGUCUCCAAACGGUUGAAGGCCAUCCAAGCCAAGGAAUCCUCGACGAACCAGGCCGAGUUGAAUAAGUGGCGGUUGACGCGGGUCUUGCCUGGCACAGAUUCGACUCAAUCAGCAAGGCCACUGUCCACAUUAUCCACGAGUACGGAACUCAAACUGAAGCAGCGGGUUGGAGAGGCUGCAUCGAAACGGCCAAACCUGGACAGGCUCGAGCAGGUUCUAUAUCCCUUGACGUUUGGUUACAAUGACCUGCUUUUCUGUGGGCGGACACCGAGGAACGCUGAGAGUAUACGCCAAAUGGCUUGCAUGCAUGCCAUCAACCACGUCUUCAAGACUCGAGAUAGAGUCAUCAAAAACAACGCCAAGCUCGCCAAGGAAGGCGAAGAUACCGAGUUUGAACCAAGAGAUCAAGGAUUCACAAGACCCAAGGUUCUGAUGAUCCUACCCACCAGGGAGUCAGCCGUGAAGGCAGUCAAGGCUAUCACCCGGAUAUGCCAGCCGGAUCAGCAAGAGAACAGGAAACGGUUCGACGAGUCCUUUCAAGACAAGGACAGCAAGUUCACCACUGACCGUCCUGAGGAUUUCCGCGAGCUCUUCGAGGGCAAUGACGAUGACAUGUUCCGGCUAGGCGUCAAGUUUACCCGCAAGACGGUCAAGUACUUUUCGCAGUUCUACAACUCUGAUAUCCUGAUCGCCAGUCCACUAGGUCUACGCAUGGCUAUUGGCUCGGACGAGAACAAGGAGAAGGACAAGAAGCUUGACUACGACUACCUCUCAUCCAUCGAGGUUGUCAUCAUGGACCAAGCCGACGCCCUUUUGAUGCAGAACUGGGAGCACAUCGAGUUCAUCUUUGAGCACCUCAACUUGCAGCCCCGCGAAGCGCACGGCUGCGACUUUAGCAGAGUCCGGGAAUGGUACCUCGAGAAGCAAGCCGCCAACUACCGCCAAACCCUCAUCUUCUCGGCCUUCAACACGCCCGAGCUGUCAGAACUGCACCGCUCGUGCCAGAACUGGGCCGGCCGCGUCAGGGUGCAGCCGGAAUACCAAGGCACGAUCCAGGACCUGGGCCUCAAGGCCAAGCAGACCUUCUCCCGCUUCGAGGCGCCCUCCGUGUCCACCGAGCCGGACGCGCGGUUCGAGUACUUCACGUCGGCCAUCGUGCCGACCCUGGUCAAGCGCGCCAAGGACGUGCACGGCACGCUGCUGUUCAUCCCGUCGUACCUCGACUUCGUGAGGGUGCGCAACUACUUCGCCACCAGCGACGCCGUGUCGAGCCUGACCUUUGGCCACAUCUCCGAGUACGCCGACAUCAAGGAGGCGUCGCGGGCGCGGUCGCACUUCCUGAACGGACGGCACAAGGUCCUCUUGUACACGGAGCGCGCGCACCACUUCAGGAGAUACAUGCUCAACGGCGUGCGCAAGGUCAUCUUCUACAGCCUGCCGGACAACCCCAUCUUUUACAGGGAGAUCGCGGGCGGCUAUCUGGGCAAGAGCGAGCAGGAUGCCAAGCUCGAGGCGGGCACCGGCGCGAUCAGGGUCAUGUUCAGCAAGUAUGAUCUCCUGAAGCUGGAGAGGGUGGUUGGAAGCAAGAGAGUGGGCAAGAUGAUCCGGGAGCGUGGUGAUACGUUUGACUUUGUCUAGAUAGGUGCAUGUUUCUUUUUACAGGGCCGACCGAACCUUUUAGAUGACAUGGGUUUUGGUGACUUUGUGGUGCAAUUGUACAUAUUUCUCGUACAUCUCAGCCCGACCUCG